AAAAUGGAGUUAAGGCAGUUCAAAGAUGAUUUUCCUGCAUUUCUGAAAACACUGGGACUUGAAAAGUACUACCCAAACAAACUGACUCAGAGGUCUUUGCUGGAGAUCAACAGUGCCAGUGUAUCUGAUGAAGAGGUUCACUCACUGCAAGUCUUACCAUGGGCUUUCCUACACAAAUUACUGAUGGUUAAUUCAAAUUCAAGAUCUUUAUGUGUACCUGGUGAAAAUAAAGAAACAGAUGACAUGUUUGCUGAGCAGAGCUGUGAUGCUACUCCAAAUCUUCUAGAUCUCCACACUGCCCUCUUCAUCUGUGCAGACAGUUUCCUUCAGCAAGAAAUGGCACUUAAAAUGUCAAUGUGCCAGUUUGCAGUACCAUUUCUGUUACCUCAAGGAGUACAUAAUCGAAGCACUCUCAUGUUAUGGGCUUUUAGAGGUAUCCUGAAAGAAUGGCAUCCCCAUUCAAUGUCAGAAUCUAAAGGGUUUGUUGAAGACAGUGUUGUUCAUGCAAAAAUUCCCUUGAUAUCAUUUGUGAGGCUAAGCAACUGCAGCUUGUCCAAGUCACAGGUUUUGAACCAAGUUCUCAACAAUUCAGAGCAGCACCAUGAUUUCUUUUCUCAUCGAGAAAUGAUUGGAGGAUCUGCUCCAAGGAUAAUCGCUAAUGGCAUGGUUGAAAUAUGCUGGAGUCUGCCAUGUGGAAACAAGAGCAUUGAUGUCUUUCCUGAGGCAGUGGCUAUUGCUAAUUUAAGAGGAGAUGUUUGCACAUUUGAAACACAACUCAGUUUCCUUACUCAGGUGUCCACAGCUGUCUUUGUGUUCCUGGACAGUGUUGAGAAAAAUGAGCAAAGUCUGAUAGCCUCUUUACAAGAAAUGAAGUCCAAAAUCUUUCUUGUGGUCAACUCUCAGAGAAAUACGAACCAGAAUGUGAAGUCAUCUAUUGAGGCGGUAAUUGAUACUCUGCAUCUGGGAAGAGACCACAUAAUUAAGAAAAGCCAAAAAGUGAAUUUGGCUACUUUCGCAAAAAUGAUAAAUUCUUCCAUUAAGACUGUUCUAAGUGAAUCUCACGAAUCAUUUAGUAUUGAUUCCAUGAAGAAGACUGCUCAGGAAUUAGGUCUUGCUAUUGAUGAGAUUCAAGUGAAAGCUUGUGUAUCAGCAGAAGCAAGUGCAGAGAAAGUCAUGAAAACUAUUGGAGUUCGUGAAAUAACGGACUAUAAAAAGACACAGCUGCCACUACAAGGUGAAAAUUGGAAAAGACUGGCUAAAAUAGAAAAAGAGCAAUGCAAAUUACACAAUUCAGGAGAAUUGAGCUUGGAGAAAUACAAGGUUCAACUUCUAAAAGAAAAGGAGGAAAUUUGGAACAAACAAAGUCAGUACAAAAUGACAAAAACAAUGGAUAUCUUCAUAGAUUCUUUGUUAAGAUCUGAUAACACUGAGCGAGACUUCUUUCUCAGAUGGCUGGGACUAAAGAUGGACAUGCGAUCGUGCAAACACAUGUCAAGCCUUCAAUGCAAAUACAGAGAGUGUGAACAAAAGAAAGACAAAGACAGUAUUGUCAAAUUAGACCAGGAGCUUCUUGAUUGUUCUCUUGACAUAGAGCACUACAUGAGAGAAAUGGGACAAAUCUAUGAGGCUGCUUCAUUUGGUACAAACAAAAUGUCUGACAAAAUUAGCAGUCUCCCUACACUGGCUGCCAACCUGCUUCUAGCUGGGUUUCCUCUUGAACUACUUGAUGGAGAUGCUUUAAAUAUCCCAGAGAAAUGGGUGAGUGAAGUUCUCAUGGAGCUUCACAGGAUGGUUGGCCAGAAGAGCCGUUUGCUGGUCAUCACUGUGUUAGGGGUUCAGAGUACGGGUAAAUCAACACUACUCAACACUAUGUUUGGAGUUCAGUUUGCAGUGGGCAGUGGACGAUGCACACGUGGAGCAUUCAUGAUUUUCCUUCCUGUGGGUAAUGACUUGAAGGAGGAGUUACUUUGUGACUUUGUCCUUCUGAUUGAUACAGAGGGUUUGAAAUCACCAGCACUGGCACAACUGGAAGACAGUUAUGAACAUGACAGUGAAUUGGCCACAUUUGUGAUUGGUCUGAGUGAUGUAACCAUCAUCAAUGUAGCAAUGGAGAAUUCCACAGAGAUGAGAGACGUCUUACAGAUAGCAGUUCAUGCUUUUUUACAGAUGAAGGAAGUUGGUAAAAAAAAAGUUUGUCAUUUUGUUCACCAAAAUGUUGCUGGUGUAUCUGCAUGCAACAAGAACUUGACUGAACGAAAACAGCUCUUGGACCAACUAAAUGAGAUGACAACGAUUGCAGCUGCAAUGGAAAAGAAGCCUAAAAUAAAAAAAUUCACAGAUGUCUUGGAUUAUGAUGUGGAAAAGAAUAACUGGUAUAUACCAGGCCUGUGGCAUGGCACACCACCAAUGGCACCAGUUAAUACAGGCUACAGUGUAGCUGUACUUGAGUUCAAGAAAUCCCUCCUGGAGAUCCUUAAAGCAAGAAAAGAUGACGACCCCUUCCAGAUCCCAGAGUUCCUGCAGUGCAUGAGUAGCGUGUGGAAGGCAGUGAAGUUUGAGAACUUCAUCUUUAGUUUCAGAAACACUCUUGUGGCCCAAACCUAUGACAACCUUUGCAAAGAGUGUUCUGAAUGGGAGUGGUCUUUCAGAAGACGUAUUCAUUCUUGGCUUUCAACUGAAAUAGUUCAACUAUCUAACACUGAAACAAGUGUUAACAAUGAGGUUGUUGAACAACUCAAACAGAAAGCUCAUAAAGAAAUAAAAAAGGAAACAAAUGAAAUGACUGAAAAACUAAAUAACUACUAUAAAAAGAAAGACCGCUAUGUGUACUUGGUGGAAAAGUACAAAACAGAUUUCGUUAAUAACAUCAAAGGUCUGGAGAUUGAAAUGAACGAUGAAGUGAGAAAAAAAAUAGAUGCUGCUCUUGAGAUGAGAAGUACCAAGAAGAAAUUAGAAGACAUUCACAGAAAGCAAACUGCAACGAUUGAGUGCCAAGUCCUUAAACUCCUGCAAAUUUGCAAAGAUCAAAAAGAUGAGGUGUCUGAUGAACACCUUAAAGCUGAGUUUGAGAGAAUGUGGAAAAAAGAGGUGGCAAACAUGACUGGCCUAAAAGAAAGGGAUGUUCCUGCAGAUAUUUUGAAGCAACUGCAAGCAAGUUUGGUCAAUCGCAAUGUCAUGGAGGAUUUGGACAAAGUUCAUGAUUUGACACAGUAUGGGCGAGGAGAAUUCCAGGUCAAAGACAAGCAUGUAAAAUGGGAAAAGAAAAUACAACGCUUCUUUACACAGCGUAGUGCAAAGCAAGAUUUAGAGAUUACUGCAAAUGCCGUAAUUAAGUGCUGCGAUAAAAUCAUUCAGCAGCAUGUGCAAGAAAAAUGUGACUACCAAAACACAUUUAUAAAAGAUGUGCUAGAGGAAAUUGAUAAACAGCUCCAACAGGGAGGUUCAAAAAUCAAUACACAAUUUGAACUUGACCUUAAAUUGCACAUUUGUGGCAUUGCCUCUCGGAAAUUCCUUGGGAUGCACAGGAAAUUUCUCACUGAGCAAGAUCCCAUUAAACAUUUACAGAAAUUUAAGAGUCAGUAUCUCUCUGAUUUCAUUGAUUUGUACAGAGAGGACCAGUGCCAUAGGAAAGCACAAGACUUCACUCAGCUCUGUCUCAAGCCAGCAGUGACCCAAUACAUCAACCAGUCCGUCGGACCUGACAUUGUUGAUGCAGUUUUGGAACAUAAGUCUACUGAGUAUAGUUCACGAGCACUGUUUCAGUACACCAUCCUGAAGGAACUACUGGAAAAAUCCAACUUCACUGACUUUGUAGAGUAUAUUUUGCAUUAUGAGAAUUAUGUCAAAGACUGGAUAUACAAUCACAUCAUUAAAUGCUUCUACAAAGACAUAUCUUUGCAAGAAUUGAAAAUGAAGAAGCUGGACAGAGUAGUUAAAAAGAUCACUAAAGCAGUAGAAGCAUCUAAGCUUGAACCCAAUGGGUCUCCUUUGCCCAAUAAUGCAGAAGGUACCACAAUGUUUAUCCAGAACCUUUGCAAAGCUAUGAGUGAUGUCAUCCAUGAAUAUCCAUGA